AUGCGAGUUUUUGUCCUUCUACGAUCCCUAUUCUUCCUCGUCCUCCUGACCGCUAUCUCCAUAUUUAUUGCUCACCGACGACUGUGCAUCAACUAUGCUCCACACGAUUUGGAGGUUUGGAUUCGUAAGAGAGUCAUGGAAUAAAAGUUUUCUAAGGGAAUCAUGGAGCGUUGUUCUGGCUCGCUUCACACGAUUUCUCAAGUCAACCCGGCUCCUCUGAACGAUACAAAUGCUGCUAAUGCCUCCGUCGAUACCGCCCAUCGCAGAUUCAAACGAAAUAGCUCUGCCGAAGAGGAGUUGAUUGAGCAAUGGCGUCGUCUGCCGCAUGAUACGGAGUCUAUCCGGCUCAACGUCAGAACGUGCUUUGAUGUGGGAAAAGAGCUUUAAAUCUUUCAAAAAAUAGUUUUUUUCAGUUUUCCAUCAAUGACAUUCUGACGGAUUCGGUGAAGAAGUACUCGACGAUCGUGUCUCCCCUCCGACUCACUCUCAUUCUCGUCGUAACUUCCUUUUUACUCGCAGUUAUCGAUUUGAGCUCCAGAAUCAUCAUCCACGACGUUUCCAUUGUGAGUUAAAUUUAACUCAUCCAAAAUAUUUAGAGAUGACUUUCAGAUUCAGUGUCUGGCCCACAGUUUUGUACAAGUAUCCCUUUGGGGAUACACCUUGGUGAAUAUGGAGAUGUACAGGUUGUAUUGGAGCUCUGUUAAUUUUUCAAAUGGAUCAAACUUUCAGAAGAUCAUGGACUCAAACUUGGCUGGAAACCGAGAUUGACAAGUCUGACGUGCCGAUGUACCCAAUUGAAUGGAUGGCUUUCGAACUGCACGCUUUCAUCAUCAUCAUGCUUUCGAUUCUCGACGUAGUUCUCUUCAAGUUCCUCCCUCUUCGUAUCCGUCUGCUCAACAGUCAAGGCGUCUACAGAUGCAUUCAAACAGAUGCCAAGUACAAAAACAAAGAUCUCCCAGAAUAA